AAGCUCGUAGGCAAUAUACAUUACAACCCAGAUCCAACUGUAGACCCAGCGUGAAGUGGUCCAUGCAUGAACUGGUCCGGAUGCGUAGUUGUUAGUAGUUGCUUGCCUUCUUUUUGAGCGAGCAAGCGGUGAACACUAUUGGUAAUUAUUUUUGUGCCCAUGAACAGACAGAGGCUUGCCUUCGGGGCCGUCGCUGCCCUCAGCGGGGCGCUUGGCGUGGGGAAUGCGUGCCUCGAUCCCAUGACGCAAUGCCGUUCCGACGCCUCACCGCCUAACACCACAAGUGUAGCAUUAGCAUCAUUACAACAUAAUGCCACCCAUGGUGACAGUAACGAGGGCAGCAGUACUGCCAGCUGGGGUCUCCGGUGCCUCUCGGCUCUCGGCGGACAUUUGCAUGUCCCUUCACUGCCCGCGCAAUUGCUGCCGCUUUCUUCAUUAGCCGACGGUAGCAGUUACGCGGAUAUGGAUACAUCAGCUGCCUCACCAAGCAGCGCCAUGGCAGCAGGCGCACUUGCUACUGACAUGGAUGGCGAGCGCGGCAGCAAUGACACCAUCACCGGCGUGUUUCACCGCCUCGACCCGCAGCGUGCUAAGCUUGUGCUGGUGCAGGUGGUUUUCAGGCACGGCGCCCGCACGACGUUGUCCAGGCGGUCGGAGAUGUGGGGCGACACGCAGUGGGACGUGUGCGGGCAGGAGUACCAGGCGGCUGCGGUGCGCGUCUUCUCCACCUCGGGCCAGGAGAACCCCGAGUCAAGACACGACCUGCGACUGCGCUCCGCUGUGCUGCCCGGCGGCUGCCGCAAGGGCGAGCUGACUCGGCUGGGUCAGCAGCAGGCGCUGCAGCUGGGGGUCUGGCUGCGGGAGCAGUACGUGCUGCGGAGGGGCUUCAUGCCGGCGACACACCAGCCCGGCCUGCUGGAGGCUCGCAGCACCAAUGUCUCCCGCACCCUCGCCACCCUGCGGGGGGUGCUCACCGGCCUCUACCCCGACCUCGCCACACCGGCAGCAGCAGCAGCGGUAGCAGGGGCAGCAGCAGGCUCUACCGGAAGUGGCAAGCAGCAGCAGCAGCAGGGACUGACCCAUGGUUCACAACAAGGACAGCAGCAGCAGCAGGCGGCGCCCGCGUCCGGGCCCGAGCUGCGUGUGACUGUGUCGGGCGACCUGGAUGAGAUCUUGUACGCGGACACGGCGACAUGCCCGCACCUGGGGUCCUUCCAGGCUAUGGCGAAGGAGGCGGGCAGGGCUGCCAUUCGAGCGGAUCCCGAGUUCCAGUGGGCUCGCGGGGAGCUGCUGCGACUGCUCAACCUGGACACCGAAUCGGCAGAUUGGGUCUUCACGGACGUCCAUGACGUGCUGACGUCACUGGCCGCGCACGGCAAGCCGCUCCCGCCCGGCUUCCAUGGGCACCGCAGGCUGCUGGAGGCGGUUGACCGGCUGGCCACCUUGGAGUUCGCCACUGAGAUCGCGCCCUCGCUGACCGCCCCGCUCACACUGGCGCACGGCCGCUCGGUACUGCGCCUCAGCAUGGGCCGACUGCUGCACACACUCAUGGACAACAUGCGGGGGGCGGCAGCAGCGGGGGCAGGGACCGCGGGGGCAGCAGCGGAGGGGGCGGGCGGUGUUGGUGGUGCCGUGGGGAGCCCGCGCAUGUACCUGUACAGUGGGCACGACAGCACCAUCAUGCCGCUGCUGGCAGCCCUGGGCCUAGACGUGACCCACUGGCCUCCCUACCUCUCCAACCUGGUAUUCGAGCUCUGGGAGCUGCCGCCGCCGCCGCCUCCCCAGCAGCCGCCUCCGCCUUCCUCCUCCUCCUCCUCCGCAGCCGCCACUGCUGCCGCAGCCUCCCCUCCACCCCCACCACCGCCCCGCUACGUGGUGCGGGUGUUGUACAACCUGCAGGAGCUGCCGCUGCCGCACUGCCCGCCAGGAUACCUUCCCUCGCUUCCCACCUUUGAGCGGGAGGUGGUGGGUCCCUUCCUGCUGUCCGCCGCACGUCACGCGGAGCUGUGCCGCGUGCGGGUGCAGCACGACUCCAGCAUGCCGCAACCCGAGGGCAAGCCGGCAGCAGCAGCAGCACCGGUGGCGGCAGCAGCAGCGGCAACGGCCGCCGGAGGCUCGGCCCCAUCGUCGGCUGCGUGAGGAAGCAAGCUGUAGGCGGUGUGUAGUUGAGCGGAAACAAGAGCAAGCAGUUGGGAUAGGUAGGUAAUGUAUAAAGUGCUUGCAGGAGUUGGUCAUGUGUUAGGGAGGCAAGAGCCGAUGCAUGUGUUGGUGCGAAGGGCUGGCGCAUGGUGGAUAGCGCGUAGCAGGAUGGUGUGGCGCAUGCAUUCUGAUACAAAUAAGAUUCGAUGUGGCGAUGUUGUGGUGGUCGGGGUUAUCCUCAGCAAGUGGUAUACCGGUACUGGUAUUGCAUGAAGACAACUUGCAGGUUUCGCCAAAGCUGCAGAAGCUAAAGGACCUUGAAAUUACUGGUGAUAAGGCAGUUAGCUUACGUG